CGGCCCCUAGCACUGAUGGUGGGAAAGUCUUUUGUAUGUUCUAUGCGCUGCUGGGAAUCCCACUCACCCUGGUCAUGUUUCAGAGUCUGGGUGAGAGGAUCAACACCUUUGUGAGGUACCUCCUGCACCGCAUCAAGAAGUGCCUUGGCAUGAAACGGCCAGAAGUAUCGAUGGCCAAUAUGGUCACCAUUGGAUUCUUCUCCUGCAUCAGCACCCUUUGCAUUGGGGCUGCCGCAUUCUCCUACUAUGAGAAUUGGACCUUCUUCCAGGCCUACUACUACUGCUUUAUCACCCUCACCACCAUUGGUUUUGGAGAUUAUGUGGCCCUUCAGAAAGAACAUGCCCUCCAGACCAAGCCCCAAUAUGUGGCCUUCAGCUUUAUCUACAUUUUAACUGGGCUGACAGUCAUUGGGGCCUUUCUCAACUUGGUGGUGCUCCGGUUCAUGACCAUGAAUGCUGAGGAUGAAAAGCGGGAUGCGGAACACCGGGCGCUACUCACCCGUAAUGGACAGGCCAGCAGUGUACAUAUUACAGACACUACUACAUCCUCGACCGCUGCUGCCGGUAGAGGAGGACUCCGAAAUGUUUAUGCUGAAGUUCUCCACUUCCAGUCCAUGUGCUCCUGCCUCUGGUAUAAGAGUCGGGAGAAGCUGCAGUACUCUAUCCCCAUGAUAAUCCCCAGAGACCUCUCCACCUCUGAUACCUGCAUGGAACAGAGCCACUCCUCCCCUGGGCAUUACCCAGAGACUCCAUCCAACAGAUGCUUCUGCAACACUCAGCGUUCAGCCAUCAGCUCUGUUUCCACAGGACUUCAUAGCCUCUCAGCCUUCCAAGGACUUAUGAAGCGGCGAAGUUCUGUGUAAAGACUAGGAGCCCUUUUACAAACUCUCCUUCACUACUGAAAAAAAAAGAAGCGGGCAUGAAAACCCAGGUGGAGAUACAACUUAGAAUUUAUAAAAAAUAAUUUAACCAUAAGAAGGGAGGAAGAGCAUGCUCCUUAGGGAGUGCACAAUAAAUUGAUGGAUCAAGCAGCGGGUUGGUUAUGAGGGGCAAUCUCCUAGGGAAACUGAACUGAUCAAGAUCUAGUAGUGGAUUCUGUUAAGUUCUUUUGAUGAUCAAGAAGGGAGAAAUCCAAGUUGUCCUUCCAAAGGUCUGGCAACACUAAGUUGUCUCUUCUCCCCCGAGAAGGAGGCUCAGCGCUCCUGUUGCUGGUGGAAAUCUUAAACGUGUUUUGCAGCAACUACACAAAAUGUGAAACUUAAAAAUAAGGCUUUGCACCCUUGUAAAAGUGUGUAGAACAGGGUCAGGUGGCUCUCAGAUGGAGCGUACAAUUAAUUUGUGCCAAGGACUGAUGGAACGACCUUACAUCCCACCCCCAGGCCAGUCCAAUAAAGUGGGGUGAAAGGAGAGGAAAUGAUGUUAAGUACAGGUUCCCCCCCCCUUGUUUAUUUUAUUCCAUCCAUUUCAAAGGGAAAGAAGGGGUUUCCUUGCUUGCUUGCCAUUGAAGGGCCAUCCCUAAAGGGGAAAACCUUUAGGUAGGAGAAGUUAGAAAUCUUAUAGAGGAAUGAAGAACCUGUUCCUGAUUAGUUAAUACACAAAAGACAUCAGUUACAAAUGGCAUGAGUAUGUACACCCAGUGGCUUUUGCUACAUGGUUUGGGCCAAAUACCAGCAAAAGCAGCUUCUUAUUCAUUGCAUCCCAUCCACAAGUGACAUUUAUGACUCUACCACCCUCCAGAGUACAACACUGUGCAAAAGCAGUAUCCCAUGUGUAUUUCCAUGCUCAUGUGUACACAACAAAGCCCUUAUGCUCUUUUGCAAAGCUUUCACACGUGCAAAUCCACUCUCAAAACCUUGCCCAACUUCCCUUUUCUUAUUAUCCCUAAAUCCCAUUGAAUAGAUUUCAAAAAAUGUCUUCUAUAUUUUCCCCUUUGUAGACCUUUUCCCCAUUCUCAUAGGCUCCCAGAGAGGAACGCCACCACAGUAUACUUCCCCCCUCAAAUCCACCAUCUUUGAGUAUGUGAAAUAUUUAACUUCUUGACAAGGUUGCAGCUCCAGCACUGUCUUGGCUUAGACAUCUUUACGCUAUGGUGCAGCAAGAGUCUGAUGCGAUGUGAAGGCAGAGCCUACUCAAAUCUCAUCAUUUCUCUGUAACCCAAAUCUCUAUUCUCCUAGGAUGUGCAAUGUCCUCUAAAAGUUACUGCAUUUCUACAAAUCAGAUUAGGGGUGUGUAUCAUGGGCCUCACUGCACCGAAGGGGGAUAAAGCCAGUUUGCUAACCUGGAGGUUUUACAGCUAACCCGGCAGAGUUGAUUUAAUUGGAAACCAACCAUUCAGCCUUGGAUAAUUCCUUACGACUUUAAGAAUAAUCCACAUGUUUGCUCAUAGGCUAGGCCAGUAUUUCUGUCAUUGAUUGUACGAGGCAAAACAUAUGAUGAUAUGAUGGAAUUGUUCACUGGACUUCUUCAGCCUAGCAUGCAAUUGCAUCUUUGAAUCCAUAAUGAAACAAUGCACAGAGUAAGAUUAUUGUGGGAAAGAUGAGGUUUAGAUUCUUCUCCAGUGCUCUCUUUCUAGCGUUUGACCCCAUUAGAAGAAUACUUCAAUGGCCAAUUGAAACACGUAAUCCAGCCUCGUUCCCCCCUUGUCCCCAUCUCAGUUUGUUACUUUGUGUCUUGAGGGCAUCGGGAUAAGGAAAGCUAGUGGGAUUCAUUAAAGAAAUCCAAUAUGCUUUUCGCCUCCUGAUGCAAUUGUUAGUUCAUAACCUGGGGAAAUUGCUUAAGCAGAGAUGUCAAGAUCCAAAACUAGUGAAUGAAUUUUGCUACUCUCAUGAGCUGGCUAUUUUCUCUAUGAUAGGGGACACGUUCUGUGUUUCCUCUCAUAUUUCUUCAAGUGCUAGGUCCUCCACUCUAAAACAGCUCUGAGGUAUCUUAGAUGGUUACAGUGAUUGGAGGUGGGCUCAAAAAUAUACUCUAAUGGGAGCCAUAACUAAAUAUUUGCAUUAAUUGGAUUCUUCCCAGCAGAGCAAGAAUAUAUAAUAGGAUCCUCAAAGCAAGGAUACUGCCCCCAUAAUAAUGUAUAUACAGUAUGUUGUUUAUCUUUAAACAUUGAUCAUUUAAAAUUCUCCAUGACAAUAACUAGGCAUGAGGUAGGAUAUUAAAGAGACCCAUGCAAAGAGAAUUUGGAGGAGAGAUAUAUAAAGUUAGUUAAAGGCAUUCCCACCCCCCAAAUAAUUUAUCUUUAAAUAGAAGCAUAAUUCUAGAUUUCCUGGGAAAUCUUUGUAUCUAUUAUUCCCAUUUUGGAGGGGAAUUCUUAAAUUCAGGACCAUCCUUAAAAUAUAUAAAUAUGAUCAAAUUUGAUUCUAGUAAAGGUGGCAGAAUGAAAAGCAAACAUCUAGCAUCUGAUCCAUGAAUGCAACAACCUGUCUUCUCUUAGCAGACAGUUAAAAAGGGAAAGCUACAUUAACCCUUAAGUUAUGUUCAUUUGGCUGCAUCAGCAAGAGAUAAACAAAGAUGUGUGAUUUCAGCUAAAAGUCACACCCAGUGCUGUCUCCGUUCUCUUCCUUCCUGGGACAGAUUCUGCCGAGAGGCUCACAAAGCAACUAGGCUUUCUGGCUCAAAUGGGCACUUGCAUCAGUGAGCAAAUUAGGCUAAGCUGGUCUUAGGCUAAAGCUUUUUUAUUAUUGUCAUUCCUGCUCACGUGACUUUAGUAUUAGAAGCAACUGGCACAGCAUCACAUUGACAAAAGUGUGAAGCCAGAGCUGGCUGGAGGGCUGACUGGCAGUUGAGGCUUCCAGAGUGUCUCCUUAGGAGUUGAAGCUGGUUGAGAAGAGUAUAAGAGGUACCCAAGAUUAGGAAAAGUUCUGAAGGUUCUUGCGAUAGGAGAACAUGUACUAAUAUAUUUGGGUUCAGUAUAUUCUUGUUUUAUUGAAUAAAACUCUCUGACCCAUGCACCUUGAGAGUGCUUCGAAAUGAAACCAGAAUAGAAAACAUGAAAUGAAGCUUAAGUGUGGGAUCACACUAUCAUAGUUUGCUACCAAUGAUUCUCCAAUUAGCCAUCAAUGGUAGACUGCUGAGAAGAAAGAGAUGAGAAGUUAACAUCUCUAAAAAGAAGAAGAAUCA